UUUGUGAAACUCUCUUGUCAUUUGUUUUGGGCGUUGGAGGAAUUGUUGAGUUGCUGAGGGCAAGUCCCCGCAUGCCCGGAGUCUUUAAUACACGUGGGACCUUUUUUUUUUUUUUUUUUUUUAAAUAAUCUUUCCUUGUUUUCAUGUCCUUUAUUCGAAGCUUUGUCCCUUUCUAUUGAUUCAUUUGUUUGUCUCUUGACUUGGAAACUCUUUUACCACCGAACUCUACUCGACAUAUGUCAAUCCUUGACGAGAUAACAGUAGUUGAGGCGAAUGUAAAAGUGAACAAGUUCGAAUGUGAUUGGGGUGAAACUCAAAACAGCUCCGGCAGAGGAUCUGGCAUGGCGACAAUGUGCAAAAUGUCGGCAGGAAAGCGUUGCUGACAAUGUACCAGCCCAACAAAAAGAGGAAAACCUCACUGGUCCUCUAAAGCCAAUUCCAACUGUAAUCGGGAAGCAAAUAGAAAAUGCCAGUGGAGGCCAUCCGGCAGCCGGCGAGGCCCGGCGCUUCGGCGACAUUUCCUCGCCUGCGGCCCAAGGGCCCGGUGGGUCCCGAAUUCUACCGGCAAAGUUCAUCUUCGGCCGUCCGACCCAAGCAGAGUGCUGUGGAGAGGCUGGAGGCGGACAAGGCCAAAUACGUCAAGAGCCAGGUGGCGCUGUCCAAGCAGCAGCCGGUCAGGCCUCCCGACGUGCGCAAGCCUCUGCUCAGCCCAGUCGCCAGCACUCUCAGGCCCGCCAAGAAGACGCCCGGCCAGCCAAAGAGCAAACAGGAGUCCGUCCAGCUCGACCUCGAGCAUCUGAGCAGCCUGAUCAGUGACGUGAGCGACAGGCCCAGUACGGUUGCGAGCGCAGAAUUCCUUGAUGACUCCCCUCAGCCGUCUUCCCCGAAAAAAGACCCGCCAGACCCACCGUCCCAUCCUCACUGCUCCAGUCCCACCCAGGUGAGACUGAAAGCGGACCGGGUAGAAAGUUCCGGAUCGACGGCGGGCACGGUUCGUCGAGUGGACGUCAUACCUCAAGCCGCCAGUGGGCGAACCCCUCGCAGGCCACCGCUGUUCAUCCGCCAACCGCUUCAGCCGAUGCCGUUACACCCGCAGUUUCCCCUGCGCCCGACUAUUACGCACCUCCUCCUCCGCGCGAAGGCCCCUCCGUCUCCUCUGAAAACCGUCGCCGCCACGCCUAAAGCAGAUCAGCCUCCUAUCUCUCCAGUUCCCAUCUUCCUCACUCUGCCCCCUCCGUCCCCGGCCUUCACCCAUCUAUCCGGCUCCCCUCGCAGCAGGAAACGUCCGUCCCUGACCCGCUCCAAAUCUGACAUGAGCGAGCAAUUUUCCCGAGCCGGGACAGAGUUGGAGCGCUUCUUCAACCUGUGUGGUUUGGACCCCGCGGAUCUGCAGGAGUUUCCCGGAUCCACUUCUGACAUUGUGUCUCUGGCCCGCUUCCGCAGCGUCAGCGCUCCGGGGUCAGAGUGCGCCGCUUCCGGCGGGCCUGACGAAGAUGCUGAGGAGGCUGAAGAGCGCGUUCCCUACGGCGUCUCGGUCAUUGAGAGGAAUGCCAGGGUGAUCAAAUGGCUUUACGGCCUGCGGCAGGCAAAGUGAAAGUGUUUCCCAUUGGGGUUGCAAAUGGUACAACAUUUCCAUGAGGAAUAUUGUGAAACUCUCUGUGGGAAUUAAUGGGAAUGAACUGAAAAUUUCGGGGAGUUUGAUGGUAAGCUUUUAGGUUCAGGCAGCACAGUGUACCUAAGAUUAGUGCACAUACACUUUAUAGUUUUGAGUUUGGGGGUUCAAAUCUGAGCUUCCUGUUUGCACAUUAGCCGGAGUGCCUGUGCGUGGGGUUUCUCCGGGUAUUCCGGCUUCCUCACCCGUUCCACAAUCAUGCAUCUCAGUUUAAUUGAAGACGCUAAUUCAGUGAUGUCCUUAAUGAAUGGAAAUAAACCUGCACGCAACUUACCUUCAUGGCUGGUUAAUUCCUUCUGCACGGAAAUAAACUAGCCACCCAUGUUUUGCAAGACAGGCUUAUUCAAAGCCGACCUUGCUAUUUUCCCAAGUUAUUAUCUUAAAAGAAAAAAAAUAUGCAGACUGUCACUCUUUGGGUGGCAUAAUGGUGCAUGGCUGUUAAAGUUCUCUGCAAGCGUCAACCUUCAGUUUGACAAAUUAUUGGUUUAUUCCCAGUAAUUCAUAUUAAUUCCCCCAAAAAUAUACCAACUCGGAAAAGCUCCAGAACCUUGCCAUCCUGCUUGCCAUGUAUGAAACUUUGAACCUUGACGCAGCAUCCCAAAAUUGCAGGCUGGCAGUGUUGCACUGUGCAAGUGUAGAAAUGUACAUUAAAAAAAAAAUCUAUGGAGCCUAAGGCAUUAAUUGGGCGGGGGGGGGGAGCAAUUGUGGCCCUGGAAUAUGAAUAAUGUAAGCACAAAUAGUCAUUUGUCAUUCUCAUGAAAAACUUGGACAUCCAGGUAAGAAUAUGUGUACAGUAUAUACCUCCACUUGAAACGACAAUACGGGCCCGACUUUUAAGGUUGUAGUCUUUGCCACAAAAGCAAGCUGGCUUUCACAUCUGUUCAAAUAACUCUUGGUAAUGAUUACUGACAAUGUUAGACUUUUCAGAAUAUCUGUGUAACUCAUUCCCAACCUAAAACAAAAAUAAAUCAGAAUAGCGACCUCUCGAUGUUUCUUACUUACACUCCCAUUUGCUGACCCGAUUGUCCAGUGCAUAGCCACAGCUCAGUACUUUGACCACAACUUAUUUUGUUCACUACAAUUAUUCCCCCUGCCUCUCAUUAUGGCCGGGGCCUUGUAAUUAUCUCACACUAACUGUGACGCCAUAGGGAGAUAUUUAAUUCGGUGGCCAUGUCGAAGGUCCCAAAAUUGAACAGGAAGGCAGCCAUUUUGGGGGCAGGAAGGCAUGCUCAUGGCUUAGUUUGUAAUGUUUUGUUUUUGCUUGACUAGUGAGCAUCGUCCUACUGGCAUUGAAAACCGGACAGUCAAAUGAUUCAAAUAAGAGUUGUCAAUGUUUUUUUUUUUUUUUUUUUUGAAUGCCUAGCUUGUGAAUGAUGCUUUCACGUUGUCAUUUGUUUUUGUUGAUGUCCUUAAGCGCAACUGAUUAUUUCCUGGUGAUUAUUUUGCGAAUGAUGAGAUAUUAGCUGUGAGAGUUUAUUUAUACGGUUGUAAUUUACUGAUACCUUAUUUGGACAAAGGUGUUCGAAGUGGUGCAAUUAUUUUAUUUUAUUUUUUUAAUCUGAUCAAGCCUGGGCUUGAUCAAGUUAUUCAAUCUUGUCAAAUGGUACAUGUGCAGAAUCUGAGCUCCCAAACAGUUGCAAUGGCAGUUUGGUGCAUCAGAGUUGAGUUUUAGAAUGGAAACUUGUCAAAUAAACAGUUGAACUCAGAAAAUA